AUGAUUAUGUCGCUUCCCGAGGACGACCUUACGUGUCCAAUUUGUCGAGACAUCUUCAAAGACCCAGUUCUGCUGUCCUGCAGCCACAGCUUCUGCAGGAGCUGCCUGAAGCAGUGCUGGGACUCAGGGAUACGAGAAUGUGCAAUCUGCCGGAAGAGAGGAACCAAGUCUAAUCCUCCGUCGAAUUUGGCCCUGAAGAAUGUCUGUGAGGCUCUUCAGCAGGUCAAAAGACAGAACUCACAGCAGCUGGAGGACAAGAUGAGCUGCAGCCUGCAUGGGAAAACAUUCAAACACUUCUGUUUAAUUGACAAGCAGCCGAUCUGUGUGGACUGUCAGGUUUCCAGACUGCAUAAGAACCAUGAGUGUUUACCCAUGGAAGAGGCCAUGCUAGACUGCAAGGAUGAGCUUGCUUUAUGUAUCAAGAACUUACAGGACAAACUAGAACAUCUCAAAAGGAUUCAAAGAACUUCUGUUGGCAUGUUUGAGUACAUUAAGAAUCAGACGUUGGAGACAGAGCAAAUGAUCAAAACCCAGUUUGAGCAGCUACAUCAAGUCCUCUAUCAAGAAGAGACAGCCAGAGUUGCAGCUGUGAAAAAAGAGGAAGAGGAGAAGAUGAUUGCCAUGAAAAACAAGAUUAAAGAGCUUUCGGAAGAGGUGCUGUCCAUCACCGAGACCAUCUCUGUCAUUCAGGAGCAGCUAAAAGAAGACGGCAUUGUUUUACUGAAGAAUUUCAAAACCAUUCAAGACAGAGGAAAGAAAACAGUGCUCGGCGAUGACAGCAUGUUUGGAUUACUACUUGACAAGAGCAAACACCUCUCCAACCUCAAAUACAGAGUCUGGGAGAAAAUGCUGGACCAUGUUGCUUACACCCCUGUAACUCUAGAUCCCAACACAGCACACCCAAACCUCUUCCUAUCUCACGACCUCACUUCCCUCCACUACUCAAAGCAGCCCACAUGUUGCCCUGACAACCCCGAGCGCUUCCACUUCAGCGCUGAAGUGGUGGCUAUGACCACGCUGGGAUCAGGAUGUCAUCACUGGGUUGUGGAAACAGGAAGUAAUCAGGACUGGCUGUUGGGUGUGGCCUCUUUGUCUGUACAGAGAAGCGCUGAGGUCUCCGCUCGGCCUGAAAAUGGUUUUUGGACUUUAUGUUUUCGGGACGGAGGCUUCAGAGCAAUGACCUCACCUCCCACUCCGCUGACUGUGUCAAAAAUACCAAAACAGGUCAAAGUGCGACUGGAUUACAGCAAGGGAAUGGUGUCUUUUCAUGACACUGCUGACAACACACUCAUUUAUACAUUUACACACACAUUCACAGAACCUUUAUUCCCAUAUUUUUAUACACAAAGCUCCCAUCCAUUAAGAAUAAUGCCAGAGGAGGUCAUUGUCACAAAACUGCAGCAGUGAAUGUGUUAAAUGCUGAUUUCCCAUUUGUUAUACUUCCCCCAACCACCCA